UUACUUAAAUGUUCAACUCAUGUGUUUAUGUAUGUAUUUUUUAUUUUUUUACCCAUCGUUUUUAAGAAUGGCUUUUUUCUGGCAUAUAUCAGGAACAAUGGAUGACAGCAGUAAGGAAAUGCAGGAAGACCGCCUUCCAGUCAAUCCUGACGCCAAUCCUUCUAAUGUUACUGCAGAUAAUGAAACAGAGGCUCGUAGCACUGCGCCCACAAUUGGGUACAAGCGUCAAAGAAUGUCGAAAGCGAUCAUUGCUCGUGGCCCCCGUCCAUCAGAUAUUGAUAGCAACGAGGAUGUAUCUAGAGAUGCUGAUAAGGACCCUGAAUUUGACAAAGAUAAUGAGCGUGAAGCUGACAAAGAUAUUGAGGAUCAUCCAAGAAAAGCAAAGCGCCAAAAGUCUUCAGGAAAUGAGGGUUUUAGGAACAGGGGAUCACCUGCAAGGCUGUAUAAACUAAACAAAUCUCUUAUAUCUGUCCAAAAGGGUUGAUCAUUGACAAAGAGUUCGGUGGUUUGUUGGACCUGCAGCCACUACAAUGGAUGCAGAUCUCAGCCAAUGGAUUAUGAAACACUACGACCCCGAGAAGUCCCAAGUUGUUAUACCAGAGAGGGGGAAGAUCCCGGUAGAUGCAGCAAGUGUGCAUAGGAUAUGGGGGUCGCCAAACAAGGGCAUAAAGGUCUGUUAUGAGAAUUGUCCUGACAUCACAAAGGCCAUUUACAACAUCUACAACAUUACAUCCAAGAACUCACCAACCCUCACGGCAUGGUGUAAGAUGAUUGAAGAUAUGGGUGGAGCUCAUGACGACAAUUUCCUCCGUGCUUGGCUAGCAGUCGCCUUUUCUUGCUUUCUUGCACCAUCAACAAGUCUAAACAUUUCUCCAAAAAGCUUCCCUGUUUUUAUGGAUGUCAAUGGUAUAAACAAAGAUAAAUGUUUGUCAGUUUGUUGUUGAUCAGUUAAAGGCAU